CCACGGCGGCCCCACCCUGGAACUCCAGGCCCUAGACUGCCGGAAGCACGUGUCUCCGGGCGGGAGGGGAGGAGCAUCGGAAACGCGUGUCCCUCCCCGCCGGGCCCGCCUCCACCCGCCGUCUGCCAAUCCUGCUCAUCAAGGCGGAGCUCGCCUCAGCCAACCAGUGUAGAGCUGAUGCGCAUGCGCCACCCCACCCCCAAGCCGUCUCAGCAGGGGACUAGACUCAGGAGAAAUGGCCCUGGUACCCUAUGAGGAGACAGGGGCAGUGGGGCUCCAGAAGUUCCACAAGUCUCUUGCCACCUUCUCUUUUGCAAACCACACCAUCCAGAUCCGGCAGGACUGGAGGCAACUGGGAGUCGCUGCAGUGGUUUGGGAUGCGGCUAUCGUUCUUUCCACAUAUCUGGAGAUGGGUGCUGUGGAGCUCAGGGGAUGCUCUGCUGUGGAGCUGGGUGCUGGCACAGGGCUGGUGGGCAUAGUCGCUGCCCUGCUGGGUGCUCAUGUGACUAUGACAGAUCGAAAAGUAGCAUUGGAAUUUCUGAAAUCAAAUGUUCAAGCCAACUUACCUCCCCAUAUCCAACCCAAAGCUGUCGUUAAGGAGCUGACUUGGGGACAAAAUUUGGGGAGUUUUGAACCUGGAGAAUUUGACCUCAUACUUGGAGCUGAUAUUAUAUAUUUAGAAGAAACCUUCACAGAUCUUCUUCAAACACUGGAACAUCUCUGUAGCAGCCAGUCCAUGAUUCUUUUAGCUUGCCGAAUUCGCUAUGAACGGGAUAGUAACUUCUUAGUGAUGCUGGAGAGGCAAUUUACUGUGAGUAAGGUUCACUAUGAUCCUGAAAAAGAUGUACAUAUUUACAAAGCACAGAAGAGAAACCAGAGGAAGGACUUGUAGUGGGCUGUAUUUUACAAGAAUGCUGUUGUUGGGUAAGUUAAGGUCUUACAACUAGAAAUCCAACCAUGUUAAUGAGUCGGCUUACCAUGCAAGUCUCUCCAACCAAAGCUGCUCAAGGAACAAAGAACACAUGCAUUUUUCACACAAAUCAGUGCUUUAAAGUCUCAUUGCUGUGAUUGUCAGUCAUGUUUCACUCACUGAAUGAACAUUAAAUGAAAUUGAGAUUU